GCCUUCAGUGCAGUCGUCACUCGCGUCUGGAUACCAGCUGCCCGCUGCCCUGCCGGGCGGGCUGGCAUCAGGCCCGGGGGGGAAGGCCGAACAGAUAUUUCGCUUGUCUUACCAUCUUGGUGAAGAAAGUGAUGGAGAAAUCCUUGAAUCUUGCAGGUCUUCUCAUGGGCCUACACUAGGGCUGUUUAUUGCUGGAAGCAAGGGAGAGAAGACUGGUCUGGAAUCAUGGAGGUUGGUGUGAAAGUGGUCAGUGUCCAAAGAUAAGAGUGAUCGGGCAUAGGAAGUUGCUGAGACUUGAUAAAGCCUCAGUAGGAGAACUGCCUGCAGACCUGCUGCAGGGUUUGAGAUCACUGGAAACAAAGAGACAAGGAGGAAAUUGCUCCUGAUCAGUUUCGACUGGUCCAUGAAUUUGUAAAUGCACUUUCGGUUGUAUCACCAAUCAAGAGAAGAAAAGAGGAGAGAACUGCCUUACAUCAUUUCAGGUCCAUCUCCAGAGGCGGCUGUAGUGGCCUCUGAGUGGCUGAAGACCUGCGCCUCACAGGACGUCACCCAGACCUACUACCUUCUUUUCCCAGCCUGACUGAACCCCCGUAUCUUGUUCGUGCCUUCAUCAAGGGGUGAUUACAUGGGUCGCGUUCAGGAAGUGGGCUGGGUGACUGCAGGACUGGUGAUCUCUGCUGGUACUUGCUACUACAUUUACAGAUUAACAAAAGGAAGAGUCCAGAGUGUGAGGAGACUGGCCAGAAAUGGGUCCGAAGUCAAGACGGAGACUGUGGUUGGGGUGCAGAACCAGACCUUGGUCAAGAGUGAAGCCAUGGCUGGGAUAGAGAUUGAGACUAGAGCUAAGGCAGAGACUGGAUCAGUAAUUAGAGUGGGAGGUGGGGCUGGGGCUGAAAUAGAAACUAAAGUAACUGCCAGAGCCAGACAUAAAGCAAACUCUCAGGCCAAGGCAAUGUCUGGAGCAGAGGCAGAAACCCUGUCAGAAGGUAAAAUAGUGGCUGGAACAGUGGCCAUUACAGAGGCAUUAACUAUGACCGAGGCCAAGGCCAAAGCUAGGGAAGUGGGCCUGAAAGAGGCAGUGACCCAAACUGACUCUGGUGCUGGGAGAUUAGUCAAGAAAGAAGCAGUGACCCAGACGAAAGCAGCUAAAGCUUGGGCACCGGUGGCCAGGGAAGAGACCAAGAAAGAAGCAAUGACCCAGACCAAAGCAGAAGUUCGUAUGUUGGCUGAAAAAGAGACAGAAAUUAACAGAGUAACGAUGACACAGAGUGAGGCCUUGGCAGUGACCAAGGAAGAGGUCAAAAUGGGUGCUGUAACCAAGACUGGAAUUAUUGCUGAGACCAAGGCAAGAGCUCUGGAAGAGACUGUGAGUGUGGCCAAGAUUCCAUCUGAGGCCAGGCCUGUUACCAAAGUUGAUGUUAAAGGCAAUGCUGAUACCAUGCCCAGGGCAGAAACCGGAGUAGAGAAGAGGUCCUUUGCACAGUCUCAGGCUGUGGCCAUGACACAGGUUGCCAAUAUGCCUGGUCCUGGAGCUGAGGUCAAGCGGAAUUGCAAAACUGUGUCUAGAACAGGAUCUGGGGCAGACACGAGGGCUUCUGCCCAGCCUCAGAUUAUAGCCAAGGCCCAGACAGAGGCCAUUUCUGGGGCAAGGGGUGAUCCUCAUGGAAAUGCCAAUGCCAAAUGUGAGACAGGGGCAAUGGCAGAUAUGAUGGCUUCUAUAGAAUCUCAGACUGUGGCCAAGCAACAGACUGAGACAACAUCUGCUGCCAAAGCUGAUGACAUGGGAAAUGCCAAUGUCACAUCUAGAGCAAUGACUGGAACUGACAUGAGAGCUACUGCUCAGCCUCAGCCCCUCCCCAUUGUUCAGUCCGAGGCUAUGACUGAUACUAAGGUUAAGGGUAGAGGCAACCCUGGUGCUGCGUCUAAAACAGGGGGCAAGGCAAACUUGAAGGCCAAUGCCCAGACUGGUGAUUUGCCUGAUGCCAGAGUUAUGUCUAAUGAGGGGGCUGAGACAGACAUGUCCUAUACACAGUCUCAGCCUAUGGUCAAUGCCCAGGCCGAUGCCUUGCUUGAUGAUAAGCUUAUGGAUAAGAGUAAUACCAAUGUUGUGCCUAAGCCACAGUCUCAGGCUUCUGCCAAUAAUCAGGUUGAGGCCUUACCUAGUAAAAAGGGCAAGUCUAGAGGGAAAGCAAAAGCCAAGUGUAAAGCGGGGAUGGGGGCAGACAUGAAAUCUUGUGCAGAGCCUCAGGUUACGGCUAAGGCACAAUCUGAUAAUGUGCCUGAUUCCAAAGUGGAUGGCAAAGGUGAUACUAAUGCCAUUUCUAGGCAAGAGACUAAGGCAGAACAGAAGCCUCAGACUGUGGCCAGUUCCCAAGGAGAGAACUUUCCUGGUGCCAAGAAUACAGUCAGGGGCGAUCCUAAUUCCGUGAGUAAGACAGAAGCUACGGCAGAUACAACAUGUUCUUCUCAGCCCCAGACUGUGGCCAACUCCCAGAGUGAAACCUUGCUUGGUAUCAGGACUAAGGCCAGGGGAAAUCCCAGUGAUAUGUGUAAGGUCGGGGAAACUGCUGAUACAGUGGACCCGAUCCAGGCCCCGGCUGUGGCCGUUUCCCAGACUGAGGUCUCGCCUGGUACCAAGAAUAAAGCCAGAGGAAAGCCCAAUGCGGUUUCUAAAGCAGAGACUGGGUCAGAUGUAACAUGUUCUGGUCAAUCCCAGACUUCGGCCAGUUCUCAAAGUGAAGCUUUGUCUGGUACUAAGAAAAAGGUUAAGGGAAAUCCCAAUGCUGUGUCUAAAGCAGGGUCAGAUACAGCAUGUUCUGGUCAGCCUCAGACUAUGGCCAGUUCACAGGGUGGAUCCUUGCCUAGUGCAAAGAAUAAAGCCAGAGGCAAGUCCAAUGCUGCAUCUAAAGCAGGAAUAGGGCCAGAUACACUGUGUUCUUCUCAACCCCAAACAAAUACUACAGCCUCUGCUCAGCUCCAGGCUGUAGACAAGCCCAAGGAUGAGGCCUUGCUUGGUGCUAAGAGUAAAGCGAAGGGCAAUUCCAAUAUAUCUAAAGUAGAGUUCAGGGAAGGUACAGUGAGCUCUGACAAGCCCCAAGCUGUGUCUAAAUCUCAAAAUGAAGGUGAAACCUUACCUGGUUCCAGAAAUAAGGCCGGUGUAAAUCCCAAUGCUGUGUCUAAAGCUGGGGCUAAAGCAGAUACAACAGGUUCUGCCCAGCCCCAGGCUGUGGCCAAUUCACAGGGUGGAUCCUUGCCUGGUACCAAGAAUAAGGGCAGGGGCAAUCCUAAUGCUGCAUCUGCUCAGCCUCAAACAGAUACAACAGGCUCUGCUCAGCCCCAGGCUGUAGCCAAUAGUUCCCAGGAAGAGACCUUGCCUAGGACUAGGAAUAAAGUCAAGGCCAAUUCUAAUGUAUCUAAGGUAGAGGCCAGGGCAGGUACAAUGUGCUCUGACCAGACCCAAGCUGUGUCUAUAUCUCAAAAUGAAGAUGAGGCCUUACCCGGUUCCAGGAAUAAGGCCGGUGGAAAUCCCAAUGCUGUGUCUAAAGCUGGGGCUAAAGCAGAUACAACAGGUUCUGCCCAGGCCCAGGCUGUGGCCAGUUCACAGGGUGGAUCCUUGCCUGGUACCAAGAAUAAGAGCAAGGGCAAUUCUAAUGUUGCAUCUAAAGCAGGGACUGGAACGGAUGCGCUGUGUUCUGCUCAGUCCAAAACAGAUGCAACAGGUUCUGUUCAGCCCCAGGCUGUGAUGAGCUCUCAGGGUGACAUCUUGCCUGGUGCUAGGAAUAAGGCCAGGGGCAACCAGAAUACUGUGCCUAAAGCAGAUGCCAAAGCUGAUGCGAUGGAGUCUGUACAGCCCCAGGCUCUCACUAAUUCCCAAGGUAAGAUCUCACCUGGUGUCAAGAAUAAAGUCAAGGACAUUCCUAAUGUUGUGUCUAAAGUAGAGGCUGGAGCAGAUGCAGGGGGCUCUAUCCAGUCCCAAACUGCGUCUAAUUCCCAAGGUGAAGCCUUUUCUGGUGCCAGGAGUAAAGUCAGAGGCAAUCCCAAUGCUAUGCUUAAAACAGGGGCUGAACCAGAUACGACAGGCUUUGCCUCAGCCCAGACUACGGUCUGCUCUCGAGAUGAAACUUUGCUUGGUGCCAGGAGUAAGAUUAGAAACAAUCAUAAGGUUGAGUCAAAAAAGGCAGGUACCAUGGUCUCUGGCCACGUUCAAUCCGGGACCUAUUCCCAGAAUAUGACCUUGCCUGGGACAAAGGACAAGACAGUGACCAAGUCUGGGGCAGAAGUUGCAGAAGGUGAGAGCCAUGCAAAGCUUGAGGAUAAUGCUGCUGCUGCUCCUGAAAGUGAGGAUGGGACAGGCACACAGGCCUCCAGAAAGACUCAGUCUAAGGCCCAUGACUAUUACUGGAGUGAGAUUGGUGUUGAAGAUUGGAUAGCUUCUGAGAGAUGGAUUAAAUUCCGAUUUCAGGCCAGGGAUGGAUACUGGGAGAAUAGCAUGUCUUGGGCUGAUGAUGAGAAUGAAGUCAGUAUUGCAUCCUGGAAUGGGGUUUGUGGUGAGGCUAACAUUAGGUCCUGGCCUGGAUCACAGACAGAGAAUGAGGUCAGUGUUGGUUCCUGGACUGGAGCUGGGGACCAGGCCAGUGGAGGUCUUUGGACUGGGAGUCAAGCCAGUGAUUUGUGCUCUGGAGAAAAGGCCAGUGGGAGUUCUUGGGCAGAGGCUGGGAACAAGGCCAUUGGAGGGUUCUGGACUGGGACUGAGAACCAGGCCAGUGGGGGAUCCUGGGUUAGCACUGGAAACCAGUCUCUUGGAGAGUCCUGGGCUGGAAGCCAGGCAAGUGGAGGGCUCUGGGCUAGGAGUCAGGCCAGCGAGGCAUCCUGGACUGGAGCCCAGGCUAGUGGAGUGUCCUGGGUUGGAGUCCAGGUCAGUGGAGCACCCUGGACGGUGGCUGGUGACCAGGCCAGUGGAGGGUCGUGGGCCGUAGCUGCAGACCAGGCCAGUGGAGGGUCGUGGACUGUGGCUAGUGACCAAGCCAGUGGAGGGUCCUGGGUAGUGGCUACGGACCAGGCCAGUGGAGGGUCCUGGACGGUGGCUGCGGACCAGGCCAGUGGAGGGUCCUGGACGGUAGCUGCAGACCAGACCAGUGGAGGGUCCUGGACGGUGGCUGGGAACCAGGCCAGUGGAGGGUCCUGGACGAUGGCUGGAAACCAGACCAGUGGAGGGUCCUGGACUGUGGCUGCGAACCAGGCCAGUGGAGGGUCCUGGACGGUGGCUGCGAACCAGGCCAGUGGAGGGUCCUGGACGGUGGCUGGUGACCAGGCCAGUGGAGGGUCCUGGACUGUGGCUGCAAACCAGGCCAGUGGAGGUUCCUGGGCUGGUCCUGAGGAACAGGCCAGCGGAAGAUCUCAGGAUGAGUCUGGGAUUGAGUCUAACAGAGAGUUUUGGAAUGAGACCAAGACUAGGAAUGUGAGUAGUAUUGGCUACUGGACUGCAGCUGUGAACCAGACCAGUGGAGCAUCCUGGGUCAGGAUGGAUGGUGCCAAGCCUAGAUUUGAGGGUUAUGCCGGUGACAAUAUGUCUUGGUGUGGAGCUGCUGAUCAGGCCAGUGGAGGAUCUAGGUUGGGGCUUGAGAGCCAGACCAGUGGGAGCUCCUGGACUGGCACUGCGGGCCAAGCCAGUGGAGAGUCGAGCUUGGGGCCAGCAGGCCAGUCAAGUAGUGGGUCCUGGGCUAGGACUGGAGAACAGACUGAUGGAGGGUCUCAGCCAGAGUUUGUGGACCAGUCCAGUACUGAUUCCUGGGCUGGUACUGUGAACCAGACCAGUGGCGUAUACUUGGUUGGGGUUAUUAACCAGGCCAAUGGAAAGUCCCAGGCUGGGACUGGUGAUCAGUCUGGUACUGAGUCUAAGCCUGGACCUAAGGAUCAGAUCACUGAAGAAAAGUCUUUGGUUGGAGCUGAUGGCCAGGCUGAUGAAGGGUCCAGGUUAAGGUCUGAGGACCAAUCCAGUGCCAAGUCCUGGGCUGGCUCUGCAGACCAAGUCAGUGGAGGAUACUUGGUUGGAACUGUGGAUGAGGCUAAUAAAGAGUCUUGGAUUGUACCUGGAGAUCAAGCCGGUGGUGAUGAAAAGCUUGGAUUUGAGGAUCAGGCCAGUGGAAGAGGGUCAUGGAGUGACAAUGAGAGAAAAGCUGGUGGAGACACUGGUCUGGGACCGAGAGACCAGUCUAUUGGAGCUUCCUGGGCUGGCCCUGGGGGUCAUGCCAGUGGAGGACCCAGGCUAGGGUCUGAGGAUCAGUCCAGUGGAUGGUUGAGUGUUUGUACUGGUCAUCAGGCUGUUGCAGGAGAGUCCUGGAGUAGUGUCAGUGGCCAGGUUAUUCAAACUAUUGGAGGGUCUAAGGUAGAGCCUAUGAAUCAACCCAAUGGUGGACCUUGGGCUGACACUGGAAAUCAGGUCAGUGGAGGGUCCUGGGUUGGAACUGGCGAUCUCACUAGUAGCUGUCCCAAACCUGAAUUUGUGGAUCAGGCUAGCAGAGGUUUGUGGCCUGCUGCUGAAGACCAGACCAGUGGAGAGUCCAGGCUUGGAUCGGAGGACCAGUCCAGUGGAGGAAGGUCCAGGGAUGACACUGGUGUCCAGGAUGUUGGAGGGUCUGGUUCAGAACCUGUAGACCAGUCCAAUGGUGGUUCAGGAUCUGGUACUGGGAGUCAAACCAGUGGAGAGUCCUGGAUUGGGGCUGGGAAUCUCACUGGUAGCUGUUCUAAAGCUGAAUAUGAAGAGCAGGCCUGUGGAGGGGCCUCCUGGAAUGGCACAGGGGAUUCAGCUGGUGGAAAGUCUGAGUCCAAGGAGCCAGCAAAUGGAGGGUCCUGGUCUUUGGCUAGGGACCAGGCCAGUGGAAGGACUGAGACAGAGGCUCAAAGAGCAACCUCCUGGUUUGGGGCUGGGGGCAAGGUUAGUACAGACUCCUGGUUCUGGAAAGGAGAAGAGGCUGGUAUUAUGCCCAGGCUGGUUGGUAAAAAGGAAGUCAGUAUUGAACCCAUAUCAGGGGCUGGGAAAGAGACUAUUAUUAGCUCCAGAUUGGGGGCUGAGGACAAGGCCAGUAUUGGGUCCUGGAAGACAUCUGAAGAAGUGGUCUGUAUGGAUUCCUGUGUGGGAGCUGAGGCUAGAGCUGGGGAUGAAGUCAGGAAGGAGUCUUGGCUCUGGGAUAGAGAUGCAGCCACUUCUGGGUCUAGACUUGGUCCUGAGGAAGAGGGUAAUAUGGAGUCCUGGGCUUUGUCUGAAGAUGUAGAUGAUGAUGAUGAACUAAGUCGAGUGUCCAGCCCUGAUAUUGAGGAUACGAAUUUAAGGUCCUUGUUUUGGGCUAAUGCUAAGCACAGUGAUGAACUGAGGUCUAACAGUGACAAUGACGUUGAUCCUGGGUGUGAGGCUAGGGAUAAGACCAACACCAGUGAUAAACUUGAGGCUGCUGGUGGAGUUGAUCUAAGAUCUUGGUUCCGGGAUGGUGAAGACAAAAGUAAUGACAAGUCUGCACCUAAGCCUAAGUCAAAAGGCACUUAUCCCUUUAUGGUUCCUGGAGCAGGAAUGGACUCAUGGUCAGGAGCUGUGUUUUGGUCAGAAAUGAAAGCAUCAAACCAGAAUCAGUCCUGCUUUCCACCUGAAGACGGGCCCAGAAAGCAGGGCAGAUCUGACGAGAAAGCUCAGUCUGUGCCUUGCCGUUGUAAACGUGAAGCUAAUAUGGAUCCAAAAGACUUUGAAAAACUCAUUUGCAUGAUUGAGAUGACUGAAGAUCCUUCUAUUCAUGAAAUAGCCAAUAAUGCUCUGUAUAACAGUCCUGAUUGCCCACUUUCCCACGAGAUGAUUAAUAAUGCAGGUAGAAUUUCAAUUAUUGAAAGCUUACUCAGCAAUCCCUACCCUAGUGUUAGGCAGAAGGCUUUAAAUGCACUGAAUAAUAUCUCAGUGGCUGAAGAAAAUCAUAGACAGGUGAAGACAUACUUAAAUCAAGUAUGUGAGGACACUGUAACCUAUCCUUUGAAUUCAACUGUGCAGCUGGCUGGACUAAGAUUGAUAAAACACCUGACUAUUGUUGGUGAAUAUCAGCAUAUGGUUACAAAUUAUAUUUCGGAAUUUCUUCGUUUGCUAACUGUGGGGAGUGGAGAAAUUAAGGAUCAUGUUUUAGGAAUGCUUGUGAAUUUCUCUAAAAAUCCAUCUAUGACAAAAGACUUGCUGAUUGCCAACGCGCCAACGACACUGAUUAAUAUCUUUAGCAAAAAGGAAACAAAAGAGAAUAUUAUUAAUGCUCUUAUACUAUUUGAAAAUAUAAAUUUCCAUUUUAAAAAAAGAGCAAAAGUAUUUACCCAGGACAAGUUCAGUAAAAAUUCCCUUUAUUUCAUAUUCCACCGGCCAAAAGCAUGUGCUAAGAAACUUCGAGUCUUAGCAGCAGAAUAUAAUGACCCUGAGGUGAAAGAAAGAGUCGAGUUAUUAUUAAGUAAACUCUGAAAAGUUGUAUAUUUCCAAACAAAUCUGAGCACUAUGGUUUUUCAGUCUGGAAAUAAUGCACACUGUAAAUUGCAUUACAACUUUGGAUCUAAUGUUACUUAUGAUGGAUGGUCUAUAUCUGGACCAUUUUCUGAACACCAAAUGAAUUCAAACUUGUACUGAAAAUACAUGUGUUGAUUUUUACUGUGUCUGGAUUGAGAUAUUUUUAGUAUGCUUCAUGAGCAGAAACUGAACUGAUUCUUCAUAAGUAAAGUAAUCUUUGGUCCUUUGUGUGGACUUCUGUUUAUACAUUUGAGACUUUAUUUUUAUGUCAUCAAUAAAGUUGUGUGUUUUAAGCAGGAAAAAGACCUGUCUUUGUCCUUGAGUUUACAGUCUUUCUGUAAAGGCAAGAUGUAUGUAAACAAACAAAAAAAAAUGCUGACAAAGCGAGGAGCCUCUGGCUGUCUCUUCACAUGAGUGCAGAAACUGUUGUCUGCCACAGUUCUCAGAGGAGGUGAACAUUUAAGUAAACUGGAGGUGAUGGGAAGAUAUGAUGGGCCAGAAGAGCUUUGGAGGAGGGAGUAGUAGUGGGCAAAGGCGUGGAGGUAGAGAUCCUGCUGAAGAGUGGAAGCCGGCCUGCUUUAAUGCAGAAUCGAAGAAGAGUAAUGGGAAAUAUAGCGUGGCAUGAGUGUUAUUCCUUGAGUAUAUCUAGUUGCUAAACUGAGAUAUCCAAACACUGCCCUAUCCAUCUCCAGAAGACACCAAAGUCUGGUGAAGAACAACAGGGUGAAGAAAAAUGAUGUGUCUGAUUUGUGUGCAGGAUGACUUGUAGUUAGGAGUGGCCACUGAAGAUUAGAAACCCAAUUAGGAAGUUACCCAGAGUCCAGGAAGUACGUAAUAAAGGGGUGCUCUUUCACUGGUGGCUAUAGUGGAGGCAUAAUGGCAGGAAGGAUUUGAAAGAUUCUUUGAAAAAUGCUGGAACUUUUACUGGGGAUAAAUAGAAAGUUUUGUUUUAGGGUUUUGGAGGCAUUUUACAGGAAAAUGUCCUCCAUCUUGACCAACACUUGUAUCCACGUAAACCAGUAUGCUAGGUAUCCUUUUGAAAUAAUGAGAAA